UGUUGUCAAAUUCAACUGACACUAAAGAAAUUUAAAGAAGCAGCUACGGCUACUAAAGUUAAUACAAAAUUUUAUAAAAUUGUUUUCAAGACUAAGGCAUGUUGUUUAUAGUAAAUUCAUACAAUAAUUAGUGAUUAGAAGUUAAAUAUCAGCUUAUAAAAUUUAGUAUUUCAUUGGUUGCAAAUUCUACAAACUUCUUUACGCUGUUUGGCUGAUGACGUAGUUCACCUGAAUUAUACGACUGUUGAAGGCAAAAAAAAGGAAGAAUAAACGCGAAGGAAUGUUUUAUACAAACACUUCGAAAGCAAAUAAAUUAGCCAAUUAGUACAAACCCAUCACAUUUAAUUUUUUAGCAUAAUAAGAGGUUUUGAAGCAAAAUAAAAUCUAAUUGCGUGCAUCAUUACAAAGAGUAUAAAUCUUAAAAACUUCAUUUAAAGUACUUUCAGCUCUGCACGCAACUAAUUUUAUACGGAACGCCUAACUAACACAGUUCACUGUUGUAACGGCCAAAACAAAAUGCUGCCGCGUACAGCUGAAAUUGUGCGUGUGCUGCGCGUGCGGCAGCAUUUCUUGGGCCGACGGAGCUUGCAUGCCUUGAGAAAUAUUGUAUCCAUUGAAAAGCUUAAUCAACACUUGUCGUGUAAUAAUGCAUUUAGUUUUACAUACAGCAGAAUUUCAAAUAAAUUCGUCAAUGAGCAACACUUGCGUUGCGCUUCCUCCUCGAAGAAGGUUGAAGCUGCUGCUGUUACCAGUGCAUCCAGUUCGUCCGCCAGUAUUGGCAAUGAGGCGACGUCAAAAGUUAAAACUACCAAAAAGUCCGCUACAGAACCUAAGCAAAUUAUGAAAUCGGCCACAACCAAUAGCGCAUCUGUGGCGGCCGACGCUGUGCAGACCAGCGAAACUAAAACGAUGGAGGUGAAAACCAAAAAAGGCAUACUCUCCAUCACUGCCACCAUAGAAGGCUCGAAAAUAAAUGAUAUAGUUUUCGAGAAAACGAAACCACCUGUUGUGCCAGACACAAUAAUACCACCAGCGAAAUUACCAGUAAAUGAUGUGCUAAAAGAGACCGCGCAAGCAGCCGCUGCGCAACUGCAGACAUCACCCACAAUCGAUGCAGCGGCCACUGCAGCGACAAUGGCAGCUGCAACGGCUAACGCCAAAGCGGCCAUAGCAAAAGCAACAAAACCAAAACCAAAAGUCGUUACGACCACAACAACGGAUAUUGGCACAGCGACAGUAACAACAACAGUUGUGCAACAAACAAAGCAAGCUACCCCACCAGUUGCCGAGGUUGUGGUGCAGAAGCCGAAACGAGUUUUGGUGGAUUUCAAUCGUUCCUCUUUGGAACGCAAUUUCAUAACUCCUGCACGUGCUAUGAGCGAUUUUUUGCUGAAAGCGUCAGAUUUGGAAAGUCUAUCUAAGAUAAAACGACGUUCGCCAUACGAACAGGAGCCACCUAUAACGGUGUAUUGGCGUAAAGAUGUCGAAGCGAAGGCGAUCGGUGUGUGGGGCUCACGUGAGAAUUUGCUUAAAGAGCAGCUGAAGCGCGAAGUAGAACGCAAGAAGCAUCAGCAAAAUCUGUUCACAGUGAAGCGCCGCUUGCGUGACUAUCGACGUGAAAUUGGCGCACGUACAGUGGUGGUUGACUCGGAACCCGGUUUGACCGGCAAAUCGGGCAAAGUAGUGUUGAUUGCGAUUGGCAUUAACGGCCUCAAUUUCCUCUUCAAAGCCUGCGGUUGGGUGUACUCGGGCUCUCACAGCAUGUUUGCCGAGAGCAUACACUCGCUGGCCGACACAAUAAACCAACUAAUUUUAGCUUAUGGCAUACACAAGUCAACACAAAUGGCCGAUUCGGACCAUCCGUAUGGCUAUAGUAAUAUGAAGUAUGUUUCUUCGCUCAUUUCGGGCGUGGGCAUAUUUUGUGUGGGCGCUGGCUUAUCGGUGUAUCACGGCAUAACGGGUCUGAUGCAUCCAGAACCAGUAGAGAAUUUCUUUUGGGCUUUCUUCAUACUCGGCGGUUCGCUGGUGUCUGAGGGUGCCACACUCAUCGUGGCGUUAAACGAAUUACAACGCGCUGCUAAGUGUAGCGGUGUGUCGUUCAAGGAUUAUGUGUUGAGUGGCAAAGAUCCCUGUGUUAAUGUUGUGCUCACUGAGGAUGCUGCCGCUGUGACCAGCGUGGCUGUAGCCGCCACAUGCAUGGGUCUCACUUCAAUUACCGGCUUGCCGGUGUUCGAUGCCGUUGGCUCGUUGUUGGUGGGCGGCAUUUUAGGCGCUGUAGCCUCCUUUAUUAUCUACACAAAUGCCACGGCGCUGGUGGGCAAAUCCAUAUCAGAGGAUUUGUUGAAUAAGAUAAACGCUGAGCUGGAAAGCGAUGUGAUGAUACGCGCCAUACACGAUGUCAAAGGCAUUGAUAUGGGCAAUUCUCUAGUGCGUUACAAGGCCGAAAUGGAUUUUGAUGGACGUGAGUUAACGCGCUCAUAUUUGGAUAAACAGGAAUUGAACGAUCUCUUGAGAACGGUACAAUCAUUCCAAAAAGUUGAAGAACUAGAGGAGUUUCUGUUGAAGCACGGCGAAAAUAUUGUUGACCUCAUGGGUGGCGAAAUUGAUCGAAUAGAAAUGAAGCUAAGGAAAAAAUUCCCCGAAAUACGACAUUGUGAUCUAGAGAUUUUGUAAACUGCUUAAUAAGUCUUUCAUUUAACUUUACUUUAGUGUAUAAAGCGCAACGGUCAAAACGUCAGGUUCAAACAUACAUAUGUAUGUACGUGUAUACUCAUUAUGUUCAAUCUGCACAUGCUGUUGUGGUACCGUUCGUUGUAUAUAAGCGAAGAGUGCUACUUUUAAUUGAUAUGGACGCGCAAUUUGGACGCUAGAAACGUUAUCUAAGUUUCAUGCUGUGAAACCACAAUAAUUUUACUUUAUUUAUGCUUGAAUUAAUAAUUAUUUUACUGUUAUACUUAACUUAAAGAAGCAACUUAAUUUAUUUUGGUAUAAAAGCUAAAUCCAAUUCAUCGACUAUUAUAUACAGGAACAAAAUGAUGAUAAUAAAAUUGUAAUUAUGUUUAUGUAAA